AUGCAAAAUUGUGCCCACUCUCCAGAGCAGGAUGAGGUGCAUUGGCAGGGCAAGGGUGUUAAAAUCUACCUUCUAAAUCUAGCAGCUGCUGAUGUGGUCUUCCUUGUGAACCUCCCUUUCUGGGAUCAGACCAUCAGAAAUAAAUACAACCGGCCAUGUGGUACUUCCUUUGUCAUAGCACCAAACACAUCUAUUAAGAUGAACACAUACACCAGCAUCUUCAUUAGGCAAAUCAGCAUGGAUUGCUAUUUAGUUUUCGUUCAGACACUGAAGCAGAGGGAAACUAAAAGUAAUGCUCAGGCUAAAGCAAUCUGUCUGCUGGCCUGGGUCUCUAGAAGUCUGAGUAUCCCAACAUUUAUGUUUGGUCUGAAAUAUCCACAAGACUUGAAUAUCUUCUCUUGCACCCUAGUCUUCCCCAGCAAACUGUGGGAAACAACUGCUCACCUGACAUUAAACAUCAUGGGGUUUGCUUUGCCAUCUAUAGCAAUCAUCUUUAACUGCCACAUCAUUCAUCCUCUAUGAGAAAACACAAGAGGUCGGGACCACAAGGACACAACAGCCACCAUGUUGAUCUUCACAGUUGUGCUUACAUUUCUUUUCUGCUGGACCAUCACAUUUUUGUUUUUUUAUUGA